AUGGGCCUCAAGACUUCAAAACGGCCGUUCAACAUAGCCAUCAUCGGUGGCGGCAUCGCGGGCCUCACCACCGCUCUCUUCCUCCACCACUUCUGCCCCCCAGGCUCAAUCGAGAUCAACAUCUACGAACAAGCAGAACAAUACCGCGAAAUCGGCGCUGGCGUCAACCUCGGCGUCAAUGCCACCAAACUCCUCCACCAAAUCGGCCUAGGCGACAAAAUCAACGCUAUCGCUGGCUCAAAAGAUGGUGUUUUCUUCACCCUUCGACGCUGGGACAACAGCGAGGAGAUAACGACCAUCUACUCCAAUGACUCAGGCAAGAUCCGCCAGGCGGCCGUAUCACGGGCGGAGUUGCUCCAGGUUCUGCUCGAUGCUAUCGAGGAGAGAAAAGCAGCGACAUUGCACACAAAGAAGAAGUGCCGGUCCGUCACCAAAACAAAAUCCGCGAUCAAAAUAACCUUCACCGACACCACAGCCACCACGUCCUCCCUCCUCAUAGCCGCGGACGGCAUCCACUCCCCCAUCCGCAAUCAAUACCUCCCUCACAGUCCCCCUCUCUACUCAGGCAAGAUCGUUUACCGUGGCCUGUUACCCUUCUCUGCCUUGCCUACACCCUGGCCAAUUCAAUCCCAUCAUGUUAUGUGGAUCGGACCAAACAAGCACCUCUUGGUAUACCCCAUCUCCCAAGGCGAAACCCAAACGUUAAAUUUCGUGGGCUGUAUCACCACCCCGGAGGAAUCCCUCGGAGACCUGAAAGAGUCCUGGUCCGCCACCUGCCCAAGAGCGGAAUUGGAAAGGGAUUUUGGGGAUUGCGAUGGGAUAGUACAGGAACUGAUCAGGUUACUGCCGGAGGAGGUGUCAAAGUGGAAGAUUAACGACCGGGAGGCGGCGGAGGGUUGGGUGUUUGAACAGGGGAGGGUGGUGCUAGUUGGGGAUGCGGGACAUCCUAUGGUUCCGCAUCAGAGUGCGGGGGCUGGGCAGGCGGUGGAGGAUGGGUUUGUUGUUGGGAGGGCUAUGGGUGAGUUUCUGAGGCGGGGGGAUGGGAAACUGGAAGAGUGGAUGGGGGUGUAUGAACGGGUGAGGAUGCCGAGGGCGAAUAAAGUGCAGGAGACGAGUCGGGGGGCGGGGUAUUUGUAUCAGAUGCAGGCGGAGAGUAUGAAGGGGAUGAGCUAUGAUGAGUCUGUGCCGAUUUUGAGGGAUACGGUGCAGGAGAGGAUGAAGUGGAUUUGGGAGGAGGAGUUGGAGGGGGUGUUUGAGGAGGAGAGGGGGAAAUUGGUUGGAAAGGUGGAGGUGGAGGGGUGGAGGGGAGGAGGGGGUUGUUUUUGUAUGUGA